AUGUAGUCUUAUUUUAUAUUCUUCAAAUAAUGUAAUACAAUAUUAUACAUUAUUUUUUUAGAAUUGAGAAAUACAUAUAAAAUCUUAUCCGCGCGUAGCGCGGUUAAAAAAUCUAGUUAUUAGUAACUAUUCCCUAUGCAUGUAAUUGACAGCCACACAACAAUAAAUUUCUUAUGUUAGAAAUAUGAAAAUAUGGUCGGAAAAUAUAAAGAAUUAUAUAAAUAAUGAGAUAGGGGUUGUUCCAUAUUAUGAGCGGGGAUACUAAAUUAAAAGGAUAAAAAUAAAAAUACCGUAAAUUAAAUUCAUAUAUUAAAAUCGAGUCCAAAAUUCAAUGCAGAAACACUAAAAUAUUAGUUAACUAGCUACUAGAUCAACAAUCUUUUAUUGUAAAAGCAUAAAUCUACGUAUGUGGACGUUGACAUGAUUUAAUACGUACAUAGUUAGACCUAACAAAACUCAUUUGCAUUAAUGCUUUCUAUGGUAUGAUGAGGAAGAAAAUAAUUAGCAUUGAAAGUUAAACCCCCCUAAGUAUCGAUAGAUUUUUAGAAAAAAUGGAGAAGUCAUUAAGCAAAGAUCGCAAUAAUUGCAUCCAUAAUUUUCCUGACCAAUUGAUAAAGAAAUACAAUUAUAAUACAUUGUGUCUAGUUGGUGACAACAUUAUUGUAAAAUAUUUUAGAGAAACCAUAACUUUCAUCAAAUAAAUUAAACAUAUAUAUGACUAUGAAUAAAUUUUAAUUUGUGUAUAUACUUCCAACUUUCAAAAUCGUCCAAAGGACUAGUGAAAAUGAUUAAAUAUAUUCAGUGAAUUGUAGGCCAUGCAUGAGAUUAUAUUUUUUAUAAGUUUAGCAUAGUAUUAUAAUUUUCAUAGUCUAAUUUGUUUACAUGUAUUUAAUAACUGCACAUUAUAUAUUUAACCAAUUUUAAAUUUUGGUUUUGAUAUGUAUAAAUAAAUUGUUCUGUUAAAAUAAAAAAAAAUAUAUAUAUAUAUAUAAUAUUAUGUAAAACUAUUAUAGAAUAUUUCUAUUAUAUGUUAAUAAUUCACAAUUAUUUAUAAUUAAAUGUAAAUUUAAGGAUGCUCACUAAAUGCAUCAGAAUUGGUAAUAUCUAAUUUUAAUGUGAGUUCCUUAUAUUAUUUAAAAAACAAUAAUACUAGAAAAAAGAAGAUAGAAAGUGAUAUUUUCAAAUUAAAUGAAAACUUUGAAAAUUUAUAAAAAUCCCUAUGGAAAUAGGGAUCCCAUGAAAAUAUCUCACAUAUCUGUUAAUUCAAUUAUGUUUUAAAUAAAAACUUAAUUAUAAAUUAAUUUUUUUUAAAUAUUAAUUUUACUUUUUGUUGGAAAAAUCUCUUUUGGAUUCCCAUGGAUAAGGAUGGAGAUGCUAUAAAAAGUUUACAUUCAUCAUUGCUGGAAAAAAUAAUCAAGAAGAGGUUUCAUUCAUCGGAGAUGGUGCUAAAUAUCAUCAAGAUCUCCCAUGUCAGCCCCUAUGCAGAUUCAUUAUAUGACCCACUCGUUGUCCCACUCACUUUCUUCGACCUAAAGUGGCUAAAAGAUUCUGUACAGCAAGUCGUCUUCUACAAACUCACCGAGUCAUCAUCAUCACGCAAGUUCUUCUACUCCGUGAUCAUCCCUAAACUCGAGGCAUCUCUUUCUCUUGUUCUCGGUCACUUCCUCCCCCUUGCGGGUCACGUCACUUGGAACCCGCAAGAUCCUAAGCCUUGCAUCGUCGUGUUCCCGCACGACACUGUCACGUUGACAGUGUCUGAGAGCGAGGAAGAUUUCAGCAGUGUUUCAGGCAAGGGAAAACGUCUCGCGAGCGAGACACGUGCCCUGGUCACCGAGUUUCCGGCUUCUUGUGACUCGCCGUGUGUCCUUUCUUUACAAGUUACCUUGUUCCCUAACCAAGGGUUCUGUAUAGGCAUAACAGCAAACCAUGCGGUCAUGGAUGGCAAAACGGUAGUGAAUUUUUAUAAAUCAUGGGCUCAUAUCUGUAAAUCACAAACACAUGGAAAUAUAUUAUUACCUGAUGAUUUAACUCCCAGUUUAGACCGCACGAUCAUCAAUGUCCCUGCUUAUCUUGAAGCCAAGAUGUUGGUUCUUCAAGGUGAAAGAACCCUCAAGAUCCCUCAAGCUGGAGAGAUCGGCCAUGACAUAUUCAGGAUCACGCUUGAGUUGACUCUGGAAAACGUAGAGAAACUUAGGGAGCGAGCUAAGAGCGAGUCAACUCGCUCUCAUUCUGAGCUUCACUUGUCCACGUUCGUUCUGGCUUACGCCUACAUGUGGACUUGCUUGGUGAAGACGCAUGGAGGCCAAGGGGAAAGACCGGUUCGUCUCAUGUAUGCUGCUGACUUUAGGAACCGGUUAGACCCGCCGGUUCAUAAGGGAUACUUAGGGAACUGUGUGUUCCCCAUCGGUUGCUUCGGACACAAAGCUAAGACGUUUUUGGGAGAAGAUGGAUUUGUCAAAGCCGUCGAGAUCCUCGGCGACUCGGUCAAAGGUUUGCGUUUAUUAGGGAUUGAGCAACUUUGCGAGUUGUACGUGGAUGGAAAGAAGAGAGUGAAACCGGGUACACAGCUCGGGACUAUUGCAGGUUCAAACCGGUUUGGGCUAUAUGGUUCGGAUUUCGGGUGGGGAAAACCGGUUAAUACUGAGUUCGUUUCGAUAGACAGGAAUGAAGCGUUCUCGAUGUCGGAGAGAGAUAUGUCCGGUGGUGUGCAGGUCGGUUUGUGUUUGAAGAAACAUGAGAUGCAUGUAUUUAUUUCUUUGUUUAAUGAUGGAUUGGUAAAUUAAAUAUUUUUCUGGCUUUUAUGACUUUCUCUUGUUUGAGAUCUUGUAAUGUAAUUUUUUCUUGUAAUGUACCUAUAUAUGCAAAGUGUCAAAGCAGAGUAAUAAAUUCAUUGGAAUAUUCAUAUUUA